GUGGCAAACAUCACAUACGUACAUUUUAUUUUUUGUUUUCUGCAAGCAACACAUGCUGUCCCAAAUCUGUCAGUGUACUAGCCUAUCUCGACUAAUGAUGGUGAGUAGAUACCUGUAAUCUUUCGAGUAAUAUCGGGGGGUCGCCUAUCUCCGAAAUGUUCUCUAAUUUGCUCUGCGCUCUGGGGCAAUUUGGGUGGCGGCAGCACAAGAUCCGCCUCCUCCGACAUCUUCGCCUCAGCAGCCUCAAUCAAGGCUUCAAUCGGAGUGCGGACGGCCGAAAAGCUAGAGUUCCGGCGUUCCUGCCGCACAGUGGAGGCCAUGAUGCUAGCAUAGAUUAAAUACUGGUCGCCGCGCCAGACCAAGCACGGCUUGUCGCGCGAAUUUGACCAGUGUGAUAAGCUACGAGACCUCCACUCUCAAACACGUGUUUUUCUUAUUGGACAGCUGAAACUUGGAUCCCAACGGGACCCGAAUAUGAAGCCUGCCUUGAAAAUAUGGCCAAAAUUGAUGAUUCGGGUCACUCUCAGAGUUUGAGGUGGCUUUGAGAAGAUGAAAGAGCGAGGAGAAUAUCCCACAGAAUGAGCGACACAAUGGGAAACUUGCUUGGCUUAGCUUGAGAACAGACCAGGGUUGGAUGCAUGAAGACGUGGGAGAACAAUGUCGCUCACCAGCACGCGGAAGUGCUGCCCUACGACAGCAGAAUUUUCACCCAUAUCAUGGAGACUGUGUCGCUCUCAAAGAGGGUGCGAUUCCUCGCUCUCGCGUCUUCUGGCUUGUUUACAGAUGGCUAUUUGAACCUCUGCAUCGGCUUGAGUACGACAUUUGGCUCCCUGGUAGACGUCGCGGCAGCCGCGCUAACACUGUACAGUCGUGCCCAUGGUGGGCUAUGUCUACUUCAAAGACAAUAAAAACGCAGUUCCAGUUCAUGACAGCGAUACUAUAAAAGCCUCUCUGGGUAAGGUCUUCCACCACGCGCAGGGAGUUUGAUGCACACAUAAGGGAGUUGAGACCGGAGAAUAUGAAUUUCCUUCUUUGUGAUAUAGCGCAUUGGUAAUUUCAAAUCGAUAAGUGGUUAUACACAUCAGUGAAUUAGAUUUCAAUAUUCCAUGCUGACGUAAUUACUGGUUGUAGGGAUGGGCAUGAUUCUCGGCCAGCUUUCCUUUGGACUCCUUGGAGAUACGCUUGGAAGACACCGUGUCUACGGAAGAGAGCUUAUCGUCACCACGAUUGGAACACUUAUGUGUAUACUACUCCCAUGGAGAGGAUUGUCUCACAGUGGCGUAAUCGCAUGGCUGUCUUGCUGGCGUGUCUUCACUGGGUUUGGAAUCGGUGGCGAUUACCCGAUGUCUUCCGCACUGGCAGCUGAAAAGGCGCCGAUCGGCAGUCGAGCCGUCAUGGUUUUGAUCGUGUUCUCUUGCAUUGGCUUGGGAGCCAUUACAUCAAGCAUCGUAUACCUCAUUCUUCUUACAGCCUUUAAGAGCUCUAUUGAUCACGAUAUCAAUAAUCUUGAGUACGUCUGGCGCUUGCUCCUAGGACUAGGUAUUGUUCCCUGCGCGAUGACCGUUUACGCGCGAUUGAAGAUCAAAGAAACUUUGCCUUACAAGCAAUAUGUGCUGAAGCGUGAUGAGCUAUUGGGUAAAGACAAGAGGAGGCCCAAAGACCAGAUGCAAGACUUCAAAUCCUACUUCAGUAAAAGAAAGCAUGCGAGAGUUUUAUUCGCUGUAUCCGCGGUAUGGUUUCUCUUUGAUAUCGCAUUUUAUGGCAUCAACUUGAACCAGAGUGUCAUUCUCGGGCGUAUUGGCUAUGGCAGAGGCCCUACGCCAUACCAGACUUUACGCAAUACAGCGGUUGGAAAUAUUAUUGUCCAAUCUGCUGGUUAUCUGCCAGGAUAUUGGAUAGGUAUUUUUCUUCCAGAUUGGAUUGGGCGCAUCCGUCUUCAGUUCUGGGGUUCUUUGCUUGUCGCUGCCGUUUAUGCGAUUUGGGCUGGAAUCACCAACCAUACCAACACGGCUGGUCUCACAGCCAUCUUUGCCGUAUCUCAACUUGUUCUCAACUCGAGCGUGAAUGUAACGACCUUUCUGCUUCCAGUUGAAGUUUUCCCAACUCGUGUUCGUGGAACUGCUCAUGGUAUCGCGGCGGCGAGCGGAAAGGUUGGAGCAAUCAUCACUGCGAUGUGCUUUGGCACGGUUAAUGAAAAGAUAGGAAUUCAAGGCAAUCUAGGUUUGUUUGCGGGAAUUAUGGUCUUGGCUGCCCUCUGCACGCUUUUGAUUCCGGAAACCAAGGGCAAAACUAUUGAAGAGAUUGAGCAUGGUGUUCUCUAUGGACAUAGUAUUCAAGAUCGGACAGUAACUUAUGCUUCUUCUGUAGAUGACAGAAUCUCUUACGUGGAACAUGUGGACGCCAAUUAUGGAGAACAAGCCUAACUAUUGUCGGAACUCGAUUUCAGUCUCAGAAAGCAUCUCACCGCAGAGAAAUAGCACGGACAGAUGGGAUCAAAUUGUGUGACUCAUGACCAACUCCAUAAUUUGGCUUCUGGCGCAUGGUUUUCAUGUUCUUGGCUAUCUCCAUACCCGAAAUAUAAGACUAGGCGCAGUAAGGUUUAUUAAUUCCAACAUUUUUGUAAAGCUUGAGUGUAGCAAUAAAUAUGAAAUCAUGCA